AUGGAAAUACAGAAGGGAAAGCUUUCAAAGAGGAAAAUCUUCGAUGAUUUAAGCACAAGCAGAGGAAAAUCUGACUCCAUUCCGCUUGAUCUCAUCCCAGAGAUACUCAAAGAUUUUCCUGUUAAAACCCUAGUAAGGUUCAUCUCCGUAUCCAAGCCCUGGUCAUCCAUCAUCCGCAACCGAGAUUUUGUUAAAUCGUACUUGAUCAAGUCGUCAACUCGUCCUCAAAGUCUCAUUUUCACAUUCAAGAGCAGGCGUCAUGGUAAACAUUUCUUCUUCUCAUCAAGUCAACACCAAGAUGGAGAUGAAUCAUCAUUAUCUUCUGUAGCAACUUACCAUAUGACAUGUCAUUCUCAACCGUACACAGCCAUUACUCCAUCUGUCCACGGUUUGAUUUGCUAUGGACCUCCUUCUAAGCUCAUGGUAUACAACCCUAGCACUAGACGGUCCAUUGCUUUGCCUAAUGUCGAUGCUCACAGGAUACGUAUGUACCACUACUUGGGUUAUGAUCCCAUCGAUGGUGAUUACAAAAUGUUGUGUAUGAGUAGAGGCAUGCAUGCUCGUAGGGGACGUGGCUUGGCCCACAAGAUACAAGUUUUGACAUUGGGAGAUGGGAGUUCGUGGAGGAUGAUUGAAAACUGUCCACCUCCUCACUCUCCUGAGUCUCCUCAUAUAUGUAUAGAUGGGGUUUUAUACUAUGGAGCUUAUCUUGACUUAGGUUCACGUAAACUUACUAAAGAUCAUGCAGUCAUGAGUUUUGAUGUUAGGUCUGAAAAGUUUGAACUUAUCAGAUUACCACCAGGAAGAGCAACACAAUUUACAAGGAUGAUAAGAUACAAUGGGAAAGUUGCUCUCAUGCUUUCUGAUAGGUUUCGUAGUUACCCUGGUCGAAUCGAAAUGUGGGUUUUAGAAGAUGCUGCCAAACAUGAAUGGUCCAAUCAGAAUUUCGUUUUGCCUCACUUAGCUGACCGGAACACCAUGUUUCAAGUGUUUUGUGCCAUUGAUGACGAUGCUGACGAGUUUGUUUUGGCACCAGAGACUUUACGCGCACCGCCGUUCUAUGUUUUCUAUUAUGAUGCCAAGAAAAAAAGCAUGAGAAGAGUUGACAUUGAAGGAAUCAUAGAACGGGAUAUUCAGUUUUGGGAUGUGGAUUCGAAUCGACGUACAAUCUCUAUCUUCCCUGGUCAGGUUGAGAAUCUUAUGUUUCUCUAA